AUGCUUCUGUUUGGUAUCCUACACAAAGGGCUGGAUAGUAAAAGCAAACGCUGGAAAAGGACUGGCGACUUUGUUAUAACGGUGGAUACUGACUCGGCUCUUCUCCAGCUCCUGGACUUAAUAGAGGAAAAGAUCCCUCUAGACUCUAAUUACUCGAUAAUAGUAAAGUUUAAUAAUAAGAAUAAUCGAGGCUAUACUAAUGCGCGGGAUAAGCUUAGACAAUUUAAGCAGGAUGCUGUUAGCGUGGUUGCGGCUUGUUUCUUGCGAGAACGAAACGGACCCAAGCCGAGCAUUAUGAUCCCAUUCGAGAGGGAUAGCGCGUUUGUGGGCCGAGAGGAUAUCAUUGCAAAAAUAAUUGAGAAGCAUGAACAAGCAGCUGCCGACCAUCACAGCCGGGUAGCCCUCGUCGGUUUAGGAGGAGUGGGGAAGUCCCAGAUUGCUAUCGAGUAUGCCUACAGAGUCAGGAAGUCUGUACCACAAACUUGGGUAUUCUGGGUCUAUGCGGCAAAUGCUGCCCGAUUCGAGCAAGCCUACAGAGAUAUCGCUAACAAGGCCGAAAUCCCUGGAUAUGAGGAUCUAAAGGCUGAUAUUCUCUAA